AUGGCGAAGAGCUCUCCACAAACGGCGAAAAGGUUUGUGGAGUCAAUCUCGCUUGAUAUAGAUGUGGAGACAACACGAGAGGUGCGGUUGAGUAAAAAGGGCCUUUUUGCCUUGCCGUCCUCGAUUGGAACCCUGUGCCGUCAGCUGCGGAAGCUGGACUUGUCGAGCAAUGAUCUCACAGACCUGAGUCCCCUGGCCACACUACAGUACCUCUCUAACCUGAACGUCGCACACAACGACCGGCUUGCAUCGCUGAAGGGCCUGUCCGGGACGUGUCUCUCCGUGCUGAACAUUUCCUUCUGCGCGGUGGAGUCAUUGGAGGGACUCGAGCACACCGCGCUCACCUUGCGCACCCUCAUUGCCAAUGACAACCGCCUGCAGUUACACUCUCCACUACUCGGCGACAUCGAGGCGGCGACCGGCGAGGAUGCGGUGGAGCUGGCAGCUACGCGUGAGCACCUCCCCGAGUCCUUGCGCAGGAGUAGUAGCAGUAGCAGCGCAACCCUGCACGCGGUGGCGCAGCGAAACUACUCCAUUAUUUCUACCUUUCAGCAAUGUGAGACAGUCGUGCUGUCCCGCAACACUCGCCUCUGUCAGCUCUUUCCAACGUGGGGCGUGGAGGAGGUGGUGGCGGAGUGUUGUGAAGGUCCAAGUCGCGCGAAUGCCGCGGCGGAUGAUGAGGGUAGCGACGAGGUGACCAACGAUAACUCCGAAAACUGUGAGAAGCGCCGCACGUCCACGACUCAGAGACACAAUCAUCGAGGGAUGGCUUCAUGUUCGACGGAUCAGUCGGUCUUCGCCGCAGCCGCUAGCGAGACCUUCAGUGACUCACCCGAAAUGGAGGCGUACAAUCAGCGGCGGCGAGCGUUGGCCUUGGCUCACCCUCUCUCUGUGUUUGAGAAGUUGUCACGGCUGAAGAAACUGUCGCUGAGCGGCUGUGAGCUGCACUCCCUGCCAGCGCGGUGGUUUCUACCCAUGGUUACGGAGCUUCGGCUCGCCCAGAAUCACCUCACCUCUCUUCAGCCAGACGGCGUCGUAUUGCGCUCUCUGCACAUCCUCGACAUCAGCAACAACCUCUUCGUAUCAGUGGUGUCCCUGCGCCGGUGUCACUAUCUUGAGCAGCUGAAUGUGCGCGGCAACCCGCUCAUCGAAAAUGCUGCCGUGCAGGACAAGGCAACCGGACUGACCCCCGCUGAGCCAAUCGCUGACGCCGCCGCGACAACUCCUUCCUUAGGCACCAGUGCAGCCCCCAUCACGGUGCAGCGGCGCGUCCUUCACUUGUUUCCCAAUAUGAAGUUGCUGAACGGACAACCAAUGAUGACAGCGGAGCAGGUGCGCGCCGCGUACAAGCAGAGGAACGCGCGAUCGGCAGCGUGGCAACAGGAAAAGUUGACUGAGGAGGGCUGUAAUGAAGGUCCGGAUGUUGUUACCAGUCUGCAUGAGGCAUGCGAUUGUGUAAGCGAUGCACGCACUGCCCCGGGCGAUAGCGAGAAAGGUGGUGCUUCCGGCGAAACACCGCAAGUGGCAGCCAUGGCGUGCGUCGAAACACGACCCCUCGCCCGCAAAGCACGCCGUGUUGACCCUGCCGUCAUCGCAGCUGAGGCGGAUGAGAAAGACGUCGUCGUCGAGGCUCCCUCAUCGGUGGUCAAGACUGCGCACACAGCAAUUGUGCGGCGGGAGCGCAUGCUACUGCGUGUUGGCACCACCGCUGCUUCAGGGAGUAGCGCGACCGCAGGGAGGCAAAAGCGAAAGUGUGGCAAGACACCAGCGUCAUCCGUUCCUGUUGCUUUCGGGCAGGCGGCCGUCACAAAGCUGCUCGAGCAGAGCCGCAGCAGGAGUACGUGGUAG